AUGGAGGAAGCAUCCGUCAGCGAUGAAGCUGCUGCGCAGGUCGGAAGCGAAAGUCUAUACGCCAUCCAACCCAUUCCUGGCAAAGGACUUGGCCUGAUCGCCACCAAGGAUAUUCCCAAGGGCACUCGUAUCCUUUCGGAGCUGCCUCUUUUCAAGGUCUCCCCUGGUGAAUCUAACCGCCAGAUCCUUACGGAUCACAUCACCAAGGCGCUGAAGGACCUGGAUAAGGAGAAACAGCGGGCGUUUCUGGAUCUUCCAAACGUCUACGGCUUAGACGAUGGCCCUUUCCUCGGUAUUACGAGGUCUAAUGCGAUGCCUUUGGGCCCCGACGCUCCUCAAGCUGGCCUUUUCCUCGACGCAGCUCGCAUCAACCACUCCUGCCGACCUAAUGCGCAUAAGAGCUGGAAUGCGAACAUUGUACGCCUCACAGUCCACGCACUUUGUGACAUCAAGCAAGGACAGGAAAUUACCAUUUCAUACUUGGAAAUCACCAAGAUAUAUGUCGUGCGUCAAGCACUCUUGAAGCGUUUACUGUUUGACUGCAAAUGCGAGCUCUGCUCAGCGCCGCGGCACCGACGCCAGCAGAGCGAUGGCAGAAUUCACGCCGUCGAAAUGGUCGAGAUGGGGCUGCACAUGUACUUCAGCGAAUCCCUUUCAUAUUUGCCUGCUCAUGAUUAUGCAGGCGGGCUCACUUACGCUCUCGGCAUGUUCACGGAACUCAAAGCAGAGGGCGCCCGUGAUGCUCGCUUCCCGGGCGUGUAUCACACCGCAUUCAAGAUAUCGGUCAAGAACGGGGACAAGACGAGGGCCAAGAUUUUCGCCGAGAGAGCCUAUGCUGCCAGAGUCGUUGUGGAAGGCGACGACAGCCCAUUGGCCGUGGAAUUGGCACAGUUUGUUGAAGAACCUACACGACACCCGCUUUACCGACCGAGUGCUGAUGGGAAAGAGGUUGAGCUUCCUCGAGAGUUGAGUGCGUCCCAAUUCGAAAAAUGGCUUUGGAAACAGCGCCCAGAUGUUGGUGAGGAAGAAGACGAGGAUGAAAUCGAGGAGUCUGAGUCUGAAGAUGAGGACGACGACGACCUUUGA